GUCUUAUUAAUGCUUUUGUGCACUUCUAAGCAAUCCCGGGGAGAGCAACUCUUACUAGACAGAAUCUGGAUUCCUUAUUGAUCAGGUCCGGUAACCUGGCAGUUUCUAUGCGCAGAUGGUCCUGAGUUGCAAAGCUUCUGUCCAUCUCAGAAUUCUUCCAAAUUUAGGGUUGGAGUGAUGAUUAAAUAUUAAGUAAAUCAUAUGGCUAAGCGAAAGAUCGCAGUUGUUGGUGCUGGGUUGAUUGGCCUCUCAACAGCAGUGUACAUUUCAGAAUCUAUCUCCAAGUGCUCUGUGACUGUAAUUUCGGACAAAUUUACUCCCAACACAACGAGCGAUGUAGCAGCCGGAAUGCUUAUUCCACACACUUAUCUAGGCAUACCAAUUCAUCAGCAGAAGCAGUGGAUUAGGGAGACCUUUGACUAUCUUUUUGAAAUCAAUAAUUCAUCGGAGGCUUCAGAUGCUGGCAUUCAUCUGGUGUCUGGCUGGCAGAUCUUUAAAACCAUUCCUGAUGAGGUGUUACCAUUCUGGUCUGAUGUUGUCCUGGGAUUUCGUUCAAUGACUGAAGAGGAGCUGAAGAAAUUUCCACAGCACAGAUUUGGUCAGGCUUUUACUACACUGAAAUGUGACUGCCCGUCCUAUCUGCUAUGGUUGGAGAAAAGGUUGAAAGGAAAUGGCAGCCAGGUGUAUGCAAGACGAAUCAAAGAUUUGUGGGAACUACAUAGCAAAUAUGACAUCGUUGUCAACUGUUCAGGCAUUGGAUCCAGAGAACUCAUGGGUGACUUGGAGAUAUACCCUGUCAGAGGUCAAGUACUCAAGGUCAAUGCUCCUUGGGUGAAUCACUUCAUCCGGGAUGGGGAUGGCUUAACCUAUAUCUAUCCAGGAAUACACAAUGUAACAUUAGGUGGGACAAGGCAGAAGGAUAACUGGAGCUUGUCCCCAGAUCCUAGAAGUAGCAAAGACAUAUUUGACAGAUGUUGUGCUCUUGAACCCUCACUUCAAAGAGCCCAGGACAUAAAGGAGAGGGUGGGUGUGAGACCAUCCAGGUUAGCUGUGAGACUGCAGAAAGAGAUACUAGUCCAUGAUGGGAAAAAACUGCCCGUGGUCCACAACUAUGGACAUGGUUCGGGUGGCUUUUCAGUGCACAGGGGCACUGCCAAAGAGGCUGCUCGACUGGUGGGAGAAUGCAUUGCUGCUCUGGAAGGCGCCUCUUCAAAGGCAAAGUUAUAAUCACUGGGGCCUCCUUUUCAGUUAUUGGUAGGCUAUAAUAAAUCUACUAGUAAUACCUUUGGAAUGUUAUUCUAUAAGCUGCAUGCCACAUUCUGAACUGCAGCCAAGUGCUUGUUUUGUGAAAAGUGUUUGCCCACAGGUGAGAGGGUGUUUUUGUCUUUCACCAUUUUUCUGUGUCAGUUCACUGGAGAGCAUAAUGAUUGUCUGGUUUCACCCACAUAGCCGUUGUUGGGGCAUUUGAUGCACUGGUUGAUGUACAACACAUAUAAGAACCAAGGAUCUUGAAAGGUGUGCUGUGGGAGGUAUAGAUUCGAUAGAGACACUAGUUUUAUGUCUGUUUACAACCAUCUGUAACCCCAAAAAUCCUCCUUUGUCCCAUGACUGUAGAGGUGUUAAUGGGCCAUUUCAUUUUGAAUGGUCCCUUGCAACAUGCAUGAACUGCUGUGCUUAACAAUCUGUUCCACCUUGUGACACUCUGAUUACCUUUUACAGACCUGAAGAAAACCUCUAUGUAGCUUGAAAGCUUGUCUCUGUGUCUUCCACCAACAGAAGUUGGUCCAAUAAAAGAUUAUCUUCUCACACACCUUGUCUCUCUCAUAUCCUGGGACCAACAGGGCUAUAACAACACUGGAAAACAACAAUGGGUGAUUUCAUAUGGUCAGCUGAAAGGUACCUUCUCUCUCAUAGAUCAUAUCCAGAGGUUGGCCAAAGCACAACGACCCUUCACUACGCCAUGUACAUGAUGACAAAGCACCUACUGAUAAAU